GACAACUCUUGCCUAUUUUGACAGGAUUGCAGCAGACGGUAAACCCAAAUGAGGUUUUCUUUCUUCGCUAUUAUCACCCGAGUCAAGCGUACCGAUAUCGGCAUAAAGUUUAGCCCCCUUGUCGUGUAGGUGUGUUUACAUCUAGGUCAGUGGUGAUUGUGUUCUAGUAAGCAGGAGGUUUAGAUGUCUGAAAUAACGGAGAGUUCCAUUUGAUAUGUGGAUGUCAUUGAAUUACUGAUUUUGAUCUAGAGUCUAGUAAUCUUGAGUCUAAAUACACAGAGACUAGAAAAUCUAGAUCUAAACCACUUUUUAUUCUAGACUAAGUUUUUAAUCUAGAGCUAGAUCUAGAUUCUAGACCCAGUCAGAGUUAUAUUUCGAUUGGAAUCUUUGGAAUCUAUUGUGUAGGCACUGUGACUGUAGGCAUAUACAAAUCUUUAACAACAAGCUUCUAUAUAUACUCUAGAAUUAUUCGGACCCAAAGCCUGGAAAUGUUUGUAUGAAUAAAAAAGUAAAAAUAUUGAGUCCGAGAAUAAGUGAAGGAUUUCAUAGGGCUACAUAGAGCCGACUGCAACCUACAUACUUUGUCAGACAUCCGCAUUGUCUGAUGAAAGUUUUGUGAAUCUUUGACUUAUAAAGAUUGGUGUCAGUACAAGAAUUUUCUUAUUGGAUAUAAAAUAUGGCAGUGUUUGAAUCUGAUAUCAGUAUUGGAACAAAGAUUUCGGUAGUACUAGGAUGAAACUAUUCUAAGUUUUAUAGUGCUGUGUUAUUCCCAGCGGGAUUAAUGUGUUGGCGUACCGGAUUAUAAUGUCACUGACCUAAAGUGUCACUAUGUUCGCUCACUGAACAUCACCAUGCCAGGACGGAUAGGCAACAGUCCAGGUCCACAAGUGUUGACCACACCAGAUCGCCCAGUGCCCGCUGUCAGGAGGAGUAGCUUACUGACCAAUAAGUCUCCACUUCUUCCACACCAGCAUCAAACAUCCACAGACGCUGCAGACGGGUAUCAGUGGUCACAGAAAAGUCAACAGCCAAUGGCUCCUAAUGGCACAAACGGACAGAUUCACUCGGAAAGCAGAAGGCCCAGUGCCACGGGUCAGUCGGCCCAGACUCAGCUGUUCCACGGACAGCCUCAAAGACCAGUGUCCACUGUUAGACCACAGAGCGCGCUCAGCGCCUCCUCUCCAAAGGCGUACGAACGUAUGCUGCACGACAGACCUCCAUCUUCUCUCGGCGGCGACUGGAGUUCAAACCCUAGAUUUGACCGAGGACCAGUUUAUCAAACAAAUGAUGGAAGAAAAACUCCCAUCAACACGCCGACAGCAAAUGUAUUCAAUUCGAACAAAACUCCUAAGGGGUACAUGGAACAAGGGAAUGUAACUCCUGUCCAUGAAAGGACCCGCAGUUUCGGAGACGGCAUUAGCAUUGCUCCCCCUUACAAUGGUUCUGACCUCACGGAGAAAGUUUACGGCGGAGUUGCUAGGCAACAGAAUCCCACUGAUGCUUACGACAGAAGAGCACAGUCGCGUGACCAACUACCCAACGGGACCUAUCAAAGUGUUAUCAAAAGUCAACAAAGUAGCUACAGCAGUAGUCCCAAAAGUCCUCGGGGUCAGGAUAACCCGGCUUUUGUAGCAGACGACAAGAUGUCUGCCCCUAAAAGUCCCGGACUCCAAGGCCACGACCUUCGCAAUGCCUGGCAAAGAUUUUAUGGAGUUCGCACGGAUAUACCCGCGCAAGGUCCAAACUCCGGAAUUGAGGAGGUCAGCUCUAGAAAAAGUCAGACAAUGGAUGGCAUUCAGAAACAUCAAAAUGGUUUUGUUCCUAAUGGUCAUCAAGUUACUCCAUAUCAAGCCUUACCACAUCAUGCUAUACCACAUCAAGCUUCACCACAGCCCACACGACCAAUGAAUCCAACCAACACAGUACACACUCCACAAACUACUCGUGUCAACACACAACAAACGUCACGCCCUAACACACCCUCCAACGCCAGGCGGCCCAGCAGUGGCUCUGUCGUCAACAGACCGAACUUCUCCGCACCGGAUCCAAUCAACCGUAACGACUAUUCGUACGGCAGUACCACGUCUAUAAACCAAAACUCUUAUAUGCACGAUCGGGAAAGCCCGACAGGUCAAAGUUCAAAUUACCCAGAACAGAUUUCAGGAAACACUAAUUCUAGUCAUGCGUUUCCAGGAACCAGCAGAAAUUUGAGUACAUUUAAACCAGAAAAGGAUAAAUCUGCCAGGUCUCCAGAAACGGCUAUCGGUCCUGCAGCCAGAUAUCCAGACAUGCCAAUGCAUUCAUCAGUCAGAAAAUCUCCGCGACUCCCAGGACCCCCAGCAUUAGCCAAGGCGGGCAAUACCUUGGCUCCUGCAUCGCCUCAAGCAGUAGCUGGCCUUGCAGCCAUGAAGCACAGGAGCUUCUCCUCACAAUCAGCUGACACUGUAGAGUUCAAAGUGGAAGACAGUGCUUCCCGACCGCUGUUUACGGCACGGACUAAUCGAUCCGUGUUCCUUGACAGCGAGGACGACCUUGACAAUGAGGAGUACAUGCUAGCCAGUUCAGACAAUGCUGAAAGCGAGGCUGAGGCUGGCCAGCGCCCACCACCCGUGCAGUCUGCUCACGGCUCAGGGCGCUCCACUCCAGCCAAUGUUUCUUCUCGAUUGACAAGCGGUUCUCCUUCUUUGAAUGAAGGGCAUAAGACCCCGGACAUUAUGAGGCAAAGUCACGUGAACAAGGCUACUCCUGCUGGGACGUUUCCGGUCAGAUUAGACAACAUGCUUGUAAAUCAUCUUGUGCAUCACAACGGCUUGUCACAUGACCACAGUGGUCCUCAAAUAGGCAAACAUUUACUCACAGAAUAUACCAGAAGCCGAAGUCUUGAGGAUGUCCGAGAGUCCGGCAACGAGAGCAGCAUCUCCUUUGAUAUAGAAAACACAGUACUGACCGUAGAGCCAUCUGACCAGUCAGAGAUGGGGACAUUAAGGUCAUACAAAACGGGAAGCUCGGUCAAAGCUCAACUCAACAGGCUAGAAGACAUGUACUCACGUGUCAUGCGAACGAUAGAAGAAACAAACUCCCGUGGACCACGCACUAGGCGGCGCUGGAGUAUCGGCAGCUCCGAUACCAGCUCGUUAAGGCAGCCGACACAUCACAGCAGACACAAUCGCUCAUCCAAUCAGAAAAUUGGAAGCAGAGAUGUCAAAGCCAUCAACAAGCGUUUCCAGAGGCUUGAGUCUCACGUGAUCACCUUGGCCCGAAGUGUGGCGCAUCUGUCCUCAGAACUACGCAACCAGACGACAAUGUCGCGUGAGAUCGAGAACGUCAAAAGGGAAAUAACUGAGUUAAAACUUGAACGCCAAACCACGCAGGGAAGUAACUCUGGAAUGAGACAUCACCGGGGGUCACAUGAGCACGACAAAUACCGCUACUGGUCGCCUUUCUUUGCCAACCCACGGCGUGUGGGCAAAUUAACAAGAUUUUUUGGUCAAGAGCCACCAUUACUGGAGCUGUUUUUAAAGAAAUUAGGUUAUGAGAAAUACUUAAAGAACUUUGACAAUGAACAGAUCACAAUGAUUGAGUUACCCUACAUGACUGAAGAUAGACUGGAUAAAAUUGGGAUCCCCAUGGGUCCAAGAAUGAGAAUCCUUCAAGAAGCACAGCUUUGUGUGAAGAAAGGAGACUUUGAUAUUUAUUUUGUAUGAUAUACAUACCACUCGGGAGAGAGUGUAGAAAGACUAUUCAUCUUGUACUCAAUGUCUCAAUCAGGUCAUGGUGAAGCUGCAUAUUUUUUUAGCUUGACUAUUAAAGCAGCCUUCAAUUUUGUGCCUCAACACCGGAGUAAUUUUGUGCACAAUGUUUCGCUGAUUUAGUGCUGAUCUAAUAGCAGUCACUUCCAAACAGGAAGUAGAUCUAAAGUGAAAUUGAAAAUAAGGUGAUCCGUUUAUUUUAUGCUGUAAAAAAAAUGGCGGAUUCAUUCCUUUCACUAACAUGGCAGAAUUCUCGUGAAAAUCUAAUUACCUGUAGAUACAAUGUUUAAUCCUGAUACUUAUAUUUAUUGAUGCAUAAAUAAAAAAAAAAAAAGAUUCAAAGUCAAGGACUAAGUUAUUGCCACAAAGUCAUUGAAUAAAUUCAGUGUUUUAAUCAUGUCA